AGAGGGCGGCAAGUUCAAUACGUAGUGAGCAGGGUGGGAAGAGUCCUGAACAAUGUUAUUAGUAGCUCUGCUAUGCUAGCAAGAGCGAGCAAUGUCCGCUACAGAAAGCAGCCAGUGAUCUUCUCUUCUGGGCGCUGUUGCCCACUUUUUGCCGAGCUCUCCUGUCCGUUUUUGGACAUCCGGCACGCCACACUUUGAUGCAGUAUGUGAGGAUGCUCUCCGCGCUGAAGCGUGAUACGAGUGUAAUGGAUUGAAGCGGAGGCGGAGAAGCGGCAGCAUGUCCAUGGAAGACCCCUUCUUCGUCGUCAAAGGUGAGGUGCAGAAGGCUGUAAGUGGCGCUCAGAGCCUCCAUCUCAGAUGGAGCGAAUUGCUGCUGGAAGGGGGCUCAGCCUCCAAGGAGGAGAUGGACUGGACCACCAACGAGCUGCGGAACAGCCUGCGUUCCAUCGAGUGGGACCUCGAAGACCUUGACGAGACCAUCAGCAUCGUGGAGUCCAACCCAAAGAAGUUCAACCUGGAUGCUGCCGAGCUGGCCAAGAGAAAAGCCUUCAUUAGCAGCACCAGACACGCUGUUAAGGAAAUGAAGGAGCACAUGUCAAGUAGUCCAGCCGUGGCCUUCGUUGACAAAUCAAACAAACAGGUGCUCCUGGGCGACGGCGGCGUUUGUGACAAGUUCCAGCCAUUGGAGCGCGAGCUGCGCAGCGCCAACUCGCACUUCAUCGAGGAGCAGCAGCUUCAGCAACAGCUGAUGGCAGAGCGGCAGGACGAACAGUUGGAGCUGGUGUCGGGAACCAUCGGAGUCCUGAAGAACAUGUCGGAGAGGAUCGGCCUGGAGUUGGAUGAGCAGGCCGUCAUGCUGGACGACUUUGGCCAGGAGAUGGACAACACGUACUCCAGAUUAGACAAUGUCAUGAAGAAACUGGCCAAAGUAUCCCACAUGACCAACGACCGCCGCCAGUGGUGCGCCAUCGGUGUGCUGCUGGUGAUCCUCUUGGUCAUCCUCCUCCUCCUCUUCAUACUCUGAUCGACGGAUGAACAGACUCAUCUCCAUCCUCUGACUGUGGACCAGAGGUCUUAGUUCUUACUUCUCCCCUGCUAAUUGACACUGAAUGGUUAACGGUCACAGGUCGAAGAGCAAAUGUUUGAAAUGUACUGUUUUUAGUUGACGUACUAUUUUCUUCCCAACUUAGGACACUUUAUACUUUUACAGAAUAACACUAAAUGCUUGCAUUUUUGUAGCUUCACUUCCUUAGCCUAUCUUUUAACGUGAAAGAUGGCAGGAAGUAGCCCUUCCUAUGUUUGACAGGUAGGUGUUUGUACACAGGCGCACACAGUGCAGCCGGAAAGUAUUUGCAGCAUUUCACUUCAUCCACAUUGUUAUACUACAACCUCAUCCUUCAAUGUAUUCCAUUAAUUGUCACUCAAAAUUCAAUACACAACCCGCCAUGAUGACAAUAUAAAAAAGACGUCCAUUUUUGCAAAUGUAUUAAAAAUAAGCAACUAAAACCUCACCCUUUGACAGUAGCUAAAGCUUCAAAUCCUUUUGACUAUGAUGCCGCAAGCUUGGACAGUUUAGCCCUCCCUUCUGUGCAGGAUCUCGCAAGUUCCAUUAGGGUGGAUGCCGGCGUCGGUGCACAGGCAAUUCCAGAGAUGUUGGAUUGGAGUUCUGGCUCAGGCACAUUCUCAGAGUUGUCCUGUAGCCACUUUUUCCUUGUCUCGGAUGUGUGCUUAUCGUCAAUGUCCUUCGCCAUAGUCCAGGGAUGAGAGUUUUCCGCCGAUGGGCGGAUUUCUGACUUUUUCAGACCAAAAUGAACAUUCUCGAGAUAAGCGCAAAUCCGUUGAGAAAAUUUCAGGCUCUCGGUGGUGGGCUCCGAGCUGCAAGUUCAGCUUCGUGCUAGCACAAGCACGACUAUCAUGUGCCGUUCUCACGUGCUCGGUAGUGUAAAUAUUUGCAUUUUUGCCACAGAAACAUUAAAACUUGUUUGCGGCAGAUUACUCGAUUGGACAACAGAGUUACACGCUAUAACGAUCCGAUCGUGUUCGUGGUUAAUCGAGUUUCACCACUGCCAUGUACACGUGUUCUCGGUUCUCACAAAUCGCAGUGUAACUUGUUAGUUAGCCAAGUAAUGGCGUGUGGUACUUAGCGCCAACUGAGCGACGGUGUGUUCAAAGUUUUACGAUGGCGAAAGUGUUAGAAAAAAAAGGAUGAAGAUCGAGCGAGGGCAAUUGACAGGGAUGCUGGAAUCAAAAACUGUUUCAGACGGGCAUGGCUUGAAAAAAGUGCAACCGUGCAGAUAGGACCGAAAACGGUAUCAACAUGUCUAACUGAACACAUACAAAAAGUGGACAUUCCUGGCAAAGUUCUGUCCACCCUCUGUUCCGAAAGGAGCAAAAAAUAUCCAGGAGGACACCCCCCCAUCGACAGAUAUUUUCAGUCUUUUUCCAAAUUGGUCAUUCUCAUCCCCGAUGGUCUGAGGGGUCUGAGAGCUGUGGAAUAGAUUUUCAACCAGGAUUUCCACGUCAAUUUCUGUAUUCUUCUUUCCCUCAAUCCUGACCGGUCGCCCAGGUCCUACUCGUGAAAAAACAUCCCAUCCAUUAUGUUGCCACCGUCGCCCUUCACUGUAGGGAUGGUAUAGAUCAGGUGAUGAGUUGUGCCUGGUCUCCUACAAACACAAUGCCUUGCAUUCACCACAAAAAGGUUCAUCUUUGUCUCGUUGGACCAGAGAAUUGUAUUUGUCAUGGUCUGCGAGUCCUUCAGGUGGUUUUUAGGAAACCGCAGGCAGGCUGCCAUGUGCCUUUUCUGAACAAGUGGCUUCUGUCACGCCACUUUACCAUAUAGGCCUCAUUGUGGUGGUGUGCUGAAGAGAUUCUUGUCCCUCUCGAAGGUUUUCCUCUCUCCAGGGAGGACCUUCGGUGCUCCGACAGAAUGACCAUCGUGUUCUUAGUCACCUCCCUGACUCAGGCCCUUCUCACCCAAUUGCUCAGUUCAGUUGGGCGAAUAGCUCGAGGAAGAGUCGUGAUGGUUUGGAACGUCUUCCGUCUACGGAUGACUGAGACCACGGUUCUCAUUGGAACUGUCAAAGCGGCGGAAAUAUCCCCAGACGCGUACCUCGAGACAAUCCUCUCAUGGAGGUUUGGAGACUACUGCUUUGACUUCAUGCUUGGUUUGUGCUGUGUCAUGCAUUGUCACCUGUUGGACAUUCUCAAGACAGGUAUGUGCCUUUCCAAAUCUUAUCCAGCCAACGGAAUCGAACGCAAGUGGACUCCGGUCAAUCUGUUGGAAUCGGUCAAGGACGACCUGUGGCAACGUGACGCAACCGAUCUUAAUUUGGACAUUUGUGGCAAAAGCUAUGAGUACUUAUGCAAAUGCAAAUUUUAUUUUUGAUAAAUUGGCAGAAACUUCAAACAUUAUUUUUCACAUUGUCAUUAUGGGGUGUUGUGUAGAAGGGAACUGCAUAAGACUGAUAACAUCAAAUGAAAAAUUUGAAGCACUAUGAAUACUUUUGAGAUGCAAUGUAUAUUAUACAGUUGAAACCGGAUGUGCAAAUACAUAUUUCAUUUUUUGUCUCAUUGUCUGAAGUCUGAUCAGACUGUCCAGUCGUCAGGUCAGUCAGGAUCACCCAAAUUAUUUAAUUUAGUUCAAUGACACGGUCAUGACAGAAUAUAUUUGAGAAUUUUCCAUUAUUUUGAGAAUUUUAUAUUAGUUUCUUCUAAGAGCAAAAGUUUACAUACAUAAGCGCUACAUCUUUCAAGAACACGGGGAAGUCCAGAUGAUGAGGUCAUGGCUUUGGGAGCUCCCGACAGGUUAACUGACAAUGUGAGUUAAUUGACGGCACAUAUGGCCAUGUACGUAUUUAAGGCCACAUCUUAAACAUUCUGCUUCGUUGUUUGAAAUCGUGGGAAAAUCCAAAGGAAUCAUCCAGGAAACCAGAGAGAGAAUCAUAGCGCACAACACCUCUGGCUCAUCCUUGGGUGCAAUUUCCAGCUGCUUCACAGUGCCACUUUCAUCUGUUCAAACAAUUAUAUGCAAGUAUAAAUAUGGGGCUGUCCAGCCAUCACACCGAUUGGGAAGGAGAUGGGCUCCGUGUCCCAGAGGUGACUGUGUUUUGGUCCAAAAUAUGCCAAUCUACCCCAGAACAAUCGCCAAAUACAUUUUGAAGAUCCUGGAUGAAGCUGGGAUGAAAGUUUCACUAUCCAUAGAAAAACCAGCGUUGCACCGACACGGGCUGAAAGGCCACUCGCCCAGAAUGAAGGCGUUACUCCUAAAGAAAAGUAAAAACGACAGAUUAGCGUGUACAAAGAGACCCCAAGACAAAGAUCUGAACUUCUGGAGACGUAUCCUGUUGUCUGAUGAAAGCAAAGUGGAGCUGUUUGGCCAUGAAGACCAAUGUUGCAGCUGGAGGAAAAAGGGGGAAGCUUGUAGACCCGGAGAACAUCGUCCCAAGGUGAAGCAUGGAUGCAGCGUUGCGUGAGGACAGCUCUUCAUAAACGAGACAAGAACAUUACAUGGAGAUUUUACGGCAACAUCUCAUGACGUCGGCCAGCAAGCUAAAACUCGGGCGGUGCAGCACGGCCGGGCAGCUGUAAAGCGUUGGCCUCACAGUCCUGAGGUCCAGGGUUCAGUCCCGGCCGGCCUCUCCUGGGUGGAGUUUGCACGUUCUCCCCGUGUCAGCGUGGGUUGUCUCCGGGCACUCCAGUUUCAUUCCACAUCCCAAAAACACAUGCAGCAUUAGUUGGACACUCUGAAUUGGCCCUUGUAGUGAUUUGUGAGUGCAACUGUUGCGUCUCCAUGGGCAACCAAUUCAGGGUGUACCCCGCCGACAGCUGGGAUAGGCUCCAGCACUCCGGCGAACCUUGUGAGGGUUGGCGGCUAAGACAGUAGAUGGAAGGACGGAUAGGUCUUCCAAAUGGACAAUGACCCUUAGGAUACUGCCACAGCGGUUCAAAAAUGGCUCGAGGAUGACAAAGUCAGUGUCUUGGAUUGGCCCCGAUGUGGAAAAGGCCUGUGCGGGCGGGCAGAGCGACUGACAAACAUGACUCAGUUGUAGCAGUUCUGUCAGGAGGAAUGGGCCAGGACUCCAGGAGAGUACUGUCAGAACCUAUUAGAAGGUGACCCAAAAACUUGGACCAAAGUCAUGCAGUUCAAAAGAAAUGCUACUCAAUUCUAAUGUCAACGUGUGACCUCAAAGAAAGUAAGAUAUUAGCAAAAUAAAAUGAUGUGGGUGAUUCUGCGGCGACCGCGAUGACUCUGACUGCGCCUUGUUUGCCUUUCCACUUGAGCGCAACCCACGUGAUCAGUUUUGAAAAAGUUCUCCAAAGCUUCUCUCAGUCAGAGUUGUCACUAAAGCUGGGAGCAGGUUCGGAAGACGCAGCAGUGAGUUUCCUCAGCACGUUAUGGUCAUCUCCGCUAGCCUUUUUUCCUUUCCUUUCUGUCACCAGCAACAACGCUGACUGUGGAAGCGUGUCAUCUUGAACAAUUGGACCUGAAUAACCAGAUGAUACAUUUCAUGAUGCUGCAAAAUCGCUCGAGAGGGCGUAGGUAGUGUGUGGAGGUGUGCGUCAUCACAACAUCUGACGAAAGCAGGCCAACCGCGAGCAACUCUUGGCGCCCAGCAGUGUUUUUUGUGACGUGCACGCAGCAGGUUACACACACACGCUAUGCGGCGGUGGCACGCGAGGCAACGCGUAGGUCACGCGUCGCACUGCUUGGCCACAGGAGGAUAGUCUGAUUUGAUUUCACCCAGUGAGACGAAAUAUGAAGUGUUUGCACAGUGUAUGUAAAGUUCAGUCUUCAACUAUAACUAUUAUGAAUAGAACAUGCCCUUAGAAGGACAUCUCAAUGACCAAAAACAUGGCAGUUAUUGUACUAUUAACGAGCUCCUGGAAAGAAUAGGAAUACUGUUGAUCAUAAGAACGGUGACCGUUCAUUGAUGAUGAACUUGGCAGCUGACAAUAAACUGAAAAGUAAAACAA